CUUCAACUCGUCUGUCAGCUGUUGGUGUUUACAGUAACAACAGCACAGGCAACACGGGCAAGAUAACGUUUUAUAUUGUUCCUUGAGUGUUUUGUUCCUUGACACAUGUUUAUGCUUGAGAGAUAACCAGAUUGUUAUGGAAUUUACGAAGGCCAAAGACUAAAUAUUAUGACCAUGAAGAUUACUGCGUGGAGUGUCCUCAGUGGCAAAAUGUCUGGUCACCUGGUCAUGAACGUCCCAGCAACACACACUGUCGGCAAAGUGCUUGAUACAUACUGUAAUUACAAGGGUGUAUCUGUGGCCAGUGGAUAUGUCAUGCGAAGUAGAGACAAUCUGCCCCUGAACCCAAACAAGACCCUCAAACAAGCUAAUAUUCAAGAUGGUGAGAUUCUUACUGUUGGUCUCUUAGAUGAUGAGGAGCAUAUGUUUGCAUUUGGGAGUUGGUGGAUGGUGACUUUAGCAUCUUUCAUCAUUGGCAUCACAGGACUGAUGUUUGCUUUUUGGUUGUUUUUGGAGCCUCUUAAUGGACCAAAGAAGUUUGGUGUGGUGGUGGAUGCUGGAUCAUCUCACAGUGAGGUGUUUGUCUUCACAUGGAAUGGUGAAAUGCCUCUUGGAACUGCCGACGUCAAGCUUCUUCAUCGCUGUUUUAUUUCAGGUGGUGUAAAUAGUUUUGCCACCCAUGCUGAUGAUCUGAGGCGGUAUUUUGGACCCUGCUUGGCUGAGACCGAGGCCUUUGUACCCAGCUUCCAUCGCCCUGAUGCCCUGCUGUAUGUUGGAGCCACUGCUGGAAUGAGGAUACUUAGAAAAUUUGAUCCAGAGGGAGCACAGGCAGUACUGGCAACGAUACGAGAGUUUCUUGGCACAAACACGACCUUCCAAGUUGUCCAUGACAAUGUUAACAUUUUGUCUGGUUCAGAGGAAGGCAUAAGUGGCUGGAUCAUCGUCAAUUAUUUGAUGAAUCACUUAAAACAGUGGCAGAAAGCAACGGCUGCUGUCUUGGAUGUUGGAGGGGCCUCCAUGCAGGUGACAAGUGAGCAAUCGCAAUCCGAUAAUCUCACAACCACAAAUAUCACACUUUUUAAUCAAACUCAUAAGGUCUACAGUCAGUCAUUUCUCUGUUAUGGGAUUGGACAAGCACAACAUCGGUAUGAUUUUCUCCUCAUUAAUGGAAAUAAAACCAAAGGGGGAUCCCUCCCAUCAGAAGUGACCAUCGAUCCAUGCUUAGCAAAAGGUGUUACCCAUAAAAUCUUGCCACAAGAUAUUAAUGGACCUUGUACACUUACAGAUGAUUCAAAGCCUGUUUUAUUAGGAAUUACUAAUGUUGAUCACAAAAAAUUGAAAAAGAUAUUCAAAAAUUAUCAGAGAGACAGUGCAAAGGGGAAUAGUGAACCUCAUGGCAUUACUCUCAUACAAACUAGUGCAGAAAAAGUUACCCCAACCCAGGAUGGUGAAGGUGAUGAUGAGUCAAGUCCCCUCUAUGUCCAAGGAUCCAGUAAUGCUGCCACAUGUGCACAGAAGAUGAGUCAGUUGUUUGAUGUCCAAUUAUGCAAAAAUACCUUCACUUAUGGUGACUGCAUGGAUGCACAGUCUGUCCCCACUGUCAAUGGUACCCUUGUUGCCUUCUCUGGUCUGUUCUACCACCUGAUGCUGCUACUCCAUGUACAACCAAACAUCACACUAGAAGAGUUCAAGAAAGCUGUGUUUGAUGUUUGUUCUCUGGAGUCAGAAGUGCUUUAUACUGCAUACCCUGGACUGGAGAAGGAGAUAGUUGAGGAUCUUUGUUUUGAUGCUAUGUUUGUGUACACCCUCUUCACUCUUGGUUUAGGCAUCAACAACUCAACUUGGACUAAUGUUCAGUUUACUGAUGAGUUAAACAACACUGAGGUAGUGUGGCCACAGGGUUUUAUGAUGAACCGCACCUCCAGCUUUGUCUCCGAGACACCUCAACAACUGUUGACCAUCACUACAUUCAUGUUAUUGGUGCUUCUCUUCUCAGCCUUUGUCAUCAGUGGCAUACUGUUCCUCCGACAUUCACUAAAAAUAAAGAGGAAUAGUGCUUCAUACCAAAGGGUUAUUGCAGACCACAUUGAUCAGGAGCUUCAUAGAUUUAUAUGAGAUGAAAAUGCAGACCAAGUUUCAGUGAAAAAAUAGUUACACAAUUUCCCAUAAUUUGUGGGAUAAUGACCUCUCGGCAAGAAGAGAUGGCCCUUCCCAGAGCAAUGACAAUGGUGGUGGCCAGCUUGGCCACACCACGUCAGAAUAACAGCCAACUAAGAUGUGAACCUGUAGCUUCAGUAAAACGUGGAAAGGAAUUUUACAUUAGUGACCCUAAAACUUCUUAAAGGUCAUGUAAUAAUAAUUCAACAACACACCUCUGACCCAAUCACUAUACACCUCCUGUGUCUCUAAAGCACCAUGGACUGUUAGAAACUUAAAUUAAACAAAUAUUAAAUGAAAUAUCCUGUACAUUAGUAUAAAUGAUACAAGUUUAUUAGUAUCAAUGAAACAGGAUUAUUAAUUAAACAUAUUAAAUGUAAAUUAAAUGAUUUAAUGAAAUACGUACAUUAGUAUAAAUGAUACAGUCUGGCAGUUGCGGGAAUUUCAAGUGCCCUCUUGUAAUUUUGUCCGGACUAAACGAGGUGCCGGACCAUCAGUUCCUGGAAAAUUGGUGGUGUGUGUUAUACACAUAUAUGUACAGAGUUCAUUAUUGUUUAAAGAUUUACUAAAUUUUUUAGGUCAGCUAUUGGAGAAGGAAGUUUUCCAUUUACCUAUUACGGUAUAUUUUUUCUUCCUGCUUCGGUGUGGGCUAGAUCAACUGGUUCAGAAACCUCAAAAAAGGCAGACAAAUAGUAUUGGAGAGAGAAAUGUAAGCAAUGACCUAUAAUUUACUAAAGUCUAUCAUGAAAGAAAUUACAGAAAUGAGAUGAAUUAGGAGAAGUAGUAAAGGGAAACGUCUUAGCUGCGGAUGAAUUACCAAGUGACCCAGUUAUUAAGGGUAUUAAAAUUUUACAUGUUAUACUGUAGUUAUACAGUACUGCACUUUCUGAAGGAUGCACUGAUUCAUGUUCCUCAUAUUUUAUAAUACUCAUUUUAUUACAGGUAUAUAGCUUUACAAGACAGCAUGUCAAUAACCUUCAAAUCAGCCAUUCCAUUACAUAAACUACAGAAAGUAUACAUUUGUAACAAAUUUUGUAAAUGUUUUGUGAUAUAAAUUUUAUAAUACACUGUG